UGUCUUUAUAUUUAAACAAAUCUUUCUUCAAACAUUAGAUAUUCAAAAUAUCUUGAAGCAUUGUGCAAAGGUAUUGUUGUUCCUGAAAAACUACCACCGACUGAUCGGGUUGCUCAUUUCCAUGGUUACAGAGUUCAUCUGCAAUUAAUUGAAUGGAAAAUGCUAGACGAAGGAUUAAAUCUAAAACCUACUGAAUGGGGAUGGAAAUCCACUGAUGGGCACCUUGAACCAAUUCCAACUGACAAAGAAAUAGCUCCACCAAAUUUGCUCAAGGUCAUUCGAUGCAACUGCAGAUCUAGUUCAAAAAACCAAUGCCAAACAAAAACAUGCAUUUGUAGGAAAAAUGGAAUGAAGUGUAUGGCAGCGUGUGGGGGUUGCCAUGGUAUGGAAUGCAGCAAUAAGACAUUGGACAUUGAGGAGGAACAUGAAAACAGUGAUAAAGACAGCGAUGAAGAAGAAAACUCUAAAAAUAUUUUUGAUGAAAUGUUUUAAACAUCAAAAUAUUAUCAUAAUAAA